UCCUGUUGUCAUUGGUGGUGACUAUAUUACUACCGAGUCAGGAACAGGGCUAGUUCAUACAGCACCUGGCCAUGGUCAGGAAGAUUACAUUACUGGCCUCAAAUAUGGCUUGCCAAUACUUUCACCGGUAGAUGAUGAUGGAAAAUUUACUGAAGAAGCAGGACCAUUCAGCGGCCUUGACGUGCUUGGGAAUGGGAACACUGCUGUGAUUCAAUACUUGGACGAACAUCACUCAAUGAUCCUGAUGGAGCCGUAUAAACACAAGUAUCCAUAUGACUGGAGAGAUAAGAAGCCUACAAUAAUCCGGGAAACUGAGCAAUGGUUUGCCUCUGUGGAAGGAUUUCGAGAAGCUGCAAUAGAUGCAGUCAAGGGAGUUAAUUGGGUACCGCCACAGGCGGUGAAUCGUAUUUCUGCAAUGAUUUCUAGCCGCUAUGAUUGGUGUAUAUCCCGGAAAAAGACAUGGGGUGUUCCCAUUCCUGUAUUUUAUCACCUGGCAUCGAAGAAGCCACUUCUAAAAGAAGAAACAAUCAACCACAUUAGAUCGAUCAUUUCUCAAAAGGGUAGCGAUGCAUGGUGGCAUAUGACGGUCGAGGAUUUACUUCCUGAUAACUAUCGUGACAGAGCAUCAGAAUACAAGAAAGGGACAGAUACAAUGGAUGUUUGGUUUGACUCAGGCUCUUCAUGGGCUGCUGUGCUGGAAAAGAGGAGCGACCUUCAAUACCCUGCAGAUCUGUAUCUUGAGGGAACAGAUCAGCAUCGUGGUUGGUUUCAGAGCUCUUUGCUGACAAGCAUUGCAAGCAAAGGAAAAGCCCCUUAUUCUGGCGUCAUUACACAUGGAUUUGUCCUGGAUGAGAAAGGGCUCAAGAUGAGUAAAUCUUUGGGCAAUGUUGUUGAUCCCAUAACUG